GGGGGGAGAGGAGAGGGAGGUGGCUGUCAAGUCACUGGCAGAUGGCUUCACUGAGGAGAAACGUAUUCAGUUCCUGCAGGAGGCAGCCAUCAUGUGCCAGUUCAAACAUCCCAAUGUCAUAACCUUCCAUGGCAUUCUCCUGAACUGUGACCCAAUGAUGAUAGUGUUGGAGAUGAUGCACGCUGGUGAUCUCCGGGAAAAGUUGCACUCACUUAAACCUUUGGACCAAUCAGCAGCUCACACUCCUGCGCUUUUCAUGAGUUUCUGUCGCCACAUAGCCUCAGGGAUGACUUACCUCUCAGGGAAAGGGUUUGUGCACAGAGAUUUAGCCGCCAGGAAUAUUCUCGUUGCUAAUGAUGAAGUCUGCAAGAUUUCUGACUUUGGCAUGUCUCGAGCUCUGAAAGACACUGACUAGCUAUGUCUCUCGUGGAGGGAAAAUCCCUGUGAAAUGGACAGCUCCAGAGGCUCUCCACUACAAGAAGUACUCGACUGCCAGUGACGUGUGGAGCUUUGGAGUUGUCCUCUAUGAGAUAUGGACAAUGGGCAUCAAGCCAUAUGACAAUGCAACAAACAACGAGGUGUACCAGAAGAUCCAGUCAGGAUAUCGCCUCCCUCCCCCACCUGGAUGUCCCAGAGCUGUCUAUCAGACCAUGAUCAACUGCUGGAACUUGGAGGCAGAGUCCAGACCAACUUUCUCCGAGAUUCAAAUGGAGCUCCAGCGUCCAGACUUCAAGUUGCUGACAUGGACGGCAGAGGAUGUGGCUGCCUACACUGAAGAGGCCCAGAAUGCUGGGAGCUCCCCUGGAGGCUGGAGAGGAACUCUACACUGACAUUCAAAAGACAUACAGUUACAUGUGAACACCUGACAAUUAUAGUGUAUGUGCGCACUUAGCCACUUGAGGACUUCAAAAUAAUUGUCAUUGUUCUCACACACAAGAUGGUGCAACAAUUUAAUUUGUUGUAGGUGAUUUGUAUUUCCGAAGACCACUUUUCAAAUAUGAGACCU